GAUAAAACAUUAAAACCAAUUGUCGAAGAGUAUGCAAAGGAUGAAGAGUUAUUUUUCAAAGAUUUUGCAGCAGCAUUUCAUAAACUCGAAGAGCUCGGAUUGCAAAGAACUGGACAAGAGAAAGUGUACAUUUUUAAGAGAACUACCUACUUUGGGUCUAGCACUGUCCGUAAAAAAGUCAGCCAUGUAAACUCUUAUACGCAACCACCCUCUCCGAACGAUGUUUUCUUACAAGGCAACGCGGCAAACUACAUUGAAGAAAUGUAUAAUUCCUGGUUAAAGGAUCCGUCAUCUGUUCACUUGUCAUGGCAGGUGUACUUUAAAAACAUAGAAAACGGUGUAAAUCCAAAAGUUGCAUAUCAACCUCCACCGACCAUAGUUCCUUUGACUGGAAUGUCUACUUCCGUGGUUCCAGUAGCUCCGGUUUCUAGCUCUCACGUGGACGAUCACAUGAAGAUUCAACUUUUGGUGAGAGCUUACCAAGUCCGAGGGCAUCACAUUGCAAAUUUGGAUCCCUUGGGUAUUUUGAAUGCUGACCUGGACUCAGCGACACCAAAAGAACUCGAUCCUAAACAUUAUGGUUUUGUGGAGGAAGAUCUCGACAGACAGUUUUCUUUAGGUCCAGGAAUCCUACCUGGUUUUGCGGACACUGUAAAAAGCAUGACGCUUCAACAAAAGAGAAUGAUACUGGAUCGUUUGUUAUGGUCAGAUUCAUUUGAAAGAUUCGUUUCAUCCAAAUAUCCAAAUGAAAAAAGAUUCGGCUUGGAAGGAUGUGAAAGCCUGAUUCCAGGAAUGAAAGCUCUGAUCGACAGAUCAGUUGAUCUUGAUAUCGAAUCGAUCGUGAUUGGUAUGCCUCAUCGCGGUCGUCUAAAUGUACUUAGUAAUGUAGUUCGCAAACCAAAUGAGUCUAUAUUUUGUGAGUUUACCGGAUCAUUGGAACCCGGUGAUGAAGGUUCAGGCGAUGUCAAAUACCAUUUGGGCAUGAAUUACGAUCGACCAACACCGUCCGGCAAGAGGGUUCACCUUUCUUUGGCUGCCAAUCCAUCUCACUUGGAGGCGGUGGAUCCCGUCGUGCUUGGGAAAGUUCGGGCCCUUCAACAUUACAUGAAUGAUGAAAAAGAACGUCGUCGUUCCAUGGGUUUACUAAUACAUGGUGAUGCAGCUUUCGCGGCUCAAGGGGUUGUUUAUGAAACCAUUGGACUUCAAGACUUGCCAAAUUACACGACCGGUGGAACGAUCCAUUUGGUGGUAAACAAUCAAAUUGGGUUCACCACCGAUCCUCGGUUCGCUCGCUCAACUCCAUAUUGCACCGAUAUCGCGAAGGUGGUGAGCGCGCCUAUUUUCCACGUGAAUGGUGACGAUGUGGAAGCCGUAACAUUUGUUUGCCAACUUGCAGCCGAAUGGCGUCAAACGUUCGGGAAGGAUGUUGUUGUCGACAUCGUCUGUUAUCGUAAAUAUGGCCAUAACGAAGUAGAUAUGCCUAGCUUUACUCAACCGAGAAUGUACAAGCAAAUCGCAAAACAAACUAGCAUACUUGAGAAGUAUACUCAAAAACUUUUGAACGACGGUACUUUUUCGAUGGAAGAAAUUCAAAAUCAUAAGAAAUGGGUAUGGGAUACUUUGACAGAGAGUUACGCAUUAAGUAAAGAUUAUAAGCCUACUAGUCGUGAGUGGCUUUCCAGCUCAUGGCAUGGCUUUUUGUCGCCUAAGGAGCUUGCCGAAAAAAUUACACCCUCGUAUCCGACUGGUUCAUCAUUGGAACUAUUAAAGCACGUUGGUGAGGUUAUUAGCUCUUAUCCGAAGAAUUUCCAUGUUCAUCCGGGUCUUAAUAGAAUAUUGAAGGCCAGGUCCAAGAACAUCGAGGAGGAAAAAAACAUUGAUUGGUCAACGGCUGAGAGUCUUGCCUUUGGAUCUUUACUUAUUGAAGGAAAACAUGUUCGCUUAUCCGGUCAAGACGUUGAGCGUGGUACAUUCUCACAACGUCAUUCUGUCCUUCAUGAUCAAGAAAACGAGUCACAGUAUGUUCCGUUGAAUGAUUUGAGACCUGGACAAGCUCUCUAUACUGUCUGUAAUUCGUCGCUUUCCGAAUUUGGCGUUCUGGGAUUCGAACUCGGUUAUUCUCUGGUUAACCCAAAUUCUCUAGUAUUAUGGGAAGCACAGUUUGGUGAUUUUUCAAACAAUGCUCAAUGCAUUAUCGAUCAGUUUAUCUCUUCGGGUGAAAAGAAAUGGCUUCAACGAACGGGGUUGCGAUAUAUACCAGAUCCUCACCCGGAGACACUUGCUUCCCCAGAAAAAAUUACACGACACAUUUUGUGUUCCGGGCAAGUUUACUAUGCUUUAUUGAAAGCCCGUGAUCAAAAUAAGAUGGAUCACGUUGCUAUUUCUCGACUUGAACAAUUGACUAAUUUGGGCGCAAGAAGAACCCUUAAAUUCGGGUGCGUGGUCAUACGUGGCUCCUCGAAUACGAACGCUCAUGAAUCACUCGGAACGUCAUGA